UGUAGCCCCAGUUAGUGCACAUUCUCCUGAAAUAAAUACAUAUAUUAUAUACGAGCCGGGGCAUGAGUGGAGUGUUCCUCUGUUUUUAUUUUUGACACAGUUCACCACAUUUCAUCCACUUGGAAACGAAUAAAUCCCUCGACGUCCUGGGCGUACCAACCUACCUUUUUUUUUGUUUUCCUUUUUUUUCAUGUUAGAGGAGUAAGGUGAGGGACGGGGUCACCGCUUCAUAAAUACUCGGAGACUCUGGAUAGACCUUGGAGGAGUAAACGGGCCUACUGCCAGACAAAGUUCUCACACAGGACAGACAGGAGUACCGAUUUUUCCUGCAGACUUUGUACCCAAACAGACCCCUGUCUAUACCGUGAAACUUGUGGCUCCUCUAUUUUUAUGGAAAGCUUAUGAAUCCGUAUUUGUAGACUUUUAGAGAAGUUUUUUUUUCUUGUUUUUUUUUCUUUUUCCCUCAGAGAUUGCCAUGUAGUUCAUCCUCUCAUCUCUAAGAGAGCAGUUUGCCAGGAUGACAGCGCUUUGUACUCCUCUGAGCCGCGCACUUUUCGCACUUGCUUGGAGCAGUUUUCUUUCCUGCGCUCAAUGCGCUCUCACUGACAACCAUGUGCACUCCAGCUUUAUUUACAGGAGGUUGCGCAAUCACGAGCGCAGGGAGAUCCAGAGAGAGAUCCUUUCCAUCCUGGGUUUGCCUCACCGUCCGAGGCCCUUCUCUCCCGGGAAACAGUCGUCCUCCGCACCGCUCUUCAUGCUCGACUUGUACAACGCCAUGGCCGUUGAGGAGGAGGAAGGGGUGGCGGUGUUAAACCGGAGCGUAGGGAAGAGCUUCAGUGCCAAAGCUCAAGGGCACUCCAAGAAAAGUUACUACAACCCGCAGCACGCCGGCUACUCCCGUGUGCCGCAGCCCUACAGAGCGGCCCCUCUGCUGGGGCACAGUCCUUCACUAACCACGGCGCACGACACCAAUUUCCUCAAUGAUGCUGACAUGGUUAUGAGCUUUGUCAAUUUAGUGGAGAAAGAUAAAGAUUUUUCUCACCAAAGAAGACACUACAAGGAGUUCCGUUUUGACCUGACUCAGAUCCCAGAUGGAGAGGCGGUGACCGCUGCUGAAUUCAGGAUCUAUAAGGACCGCAGUCACGCUCGCUACAGCAAUAUCACCCUGAAGGUUUCCAUAUAUCAAGUUAUCAAAGAAUAUAAUAACAAAGAUGCAGAGACAUUUUUGCUCGACUCCAAGAAGGUGCAGGCAUGUAACGGGGGCUGGCUUGUGUUUGAUAUAACAGCCACCAGUAACCAUUGGGUGAUAAACCCACAGCAAAAUUUUGGUCUUCAGCUCUGUGUGGAAAUGAUGGACGGAAGGAGCAUCAACAUAAAAUCUGCUGGAAUCAUUGGGAGGAAUGGGCCUCAAUCCAAACAGCCAUUUGUCGUUGCUUUCUUUAAGGCCAGUGGAGUACUGCUUCGCUCUGUGAGAGCUGCUGGCGGAAAGAAAAAGAACCACAAUCGCAAUAAAUCAACUAAUCAACAAGAAUCAUCAAGGAUGCCAAAACCUGGAGACUAUCACACAAGUGAACAAAAGCAGGCCUGCAAAAAGCAUGAGCUCUAUGUCAGCUUUCGAGAUUUGGGAUGGCAGGAUUGGAUCAUUGCACCGGAGGGCUAUGCUGCUUUUUAUUGUGACGGCGAAUGCUCUUUUCCACUUAAUGCUCAAAUGAAUGCAACAAAUCAUGCUAUUGUGCAAACCCUGGUUCAUUUAAUGUUUCCUGACAACGUGCCAAAGCCCUGCUGUGCCCCAACCAAGCUCAAUGCAAUAUCAGUGCUGUACUUUGAUGACAGCUCUAAUGUUAUUCUGAAAAAAUACAGAAAUAUGGUUGUCAGAUCAUGUGGGUGCCAUUAGUUUUGACACAGUUUAAUUUUUGAAGCACAUUUGCUGCAGGUGUGAUUUGAUGUACAGUAUUAUGUAUAUAAAGUUUUCUUGGUUAAUUUAUUUCCUUUUAAAAUAAUAGCACUGAAUACUGUAAUAUUUAAGUGUUUAGUACAAAAUGAUUAUUUGAAUUUAUGUGCAUAAUCUUUUAUCUUCUGUGUCCUCUGGCAUAUAUAUAUAUAUAUAUUAUAUAUAUCUUCCAUGAUCAAACACUUCACUGGAGUCAUUGUGACAUAUUUGCCUUUUCUUUUAAGUUGUGAAAUUGUGCUGUAAAAUAUUUAAUGCAAAAAUUCACUUUUGUGGUAAAUUCCGUGACAGAUUGUUGUUUUGGAUCAUUAAUACAUACAGAAUAGUGUUACAAAUGUCAUUAAAAUGUUUUUAAAAAUGUCAUUUCAAUUCUGACUUAUUUCACCAAGAGUGCCGCAUUAAUAUAUAUUUUUUUAAUCGAAUACGUACAUAGUUAAAAUUUUAAAUAUGAGAGCUUUACCAUCUUUGUUAAACAGUUUCUGCUCAUGUAAUCCUCCACAUCUAAACAGUCAUUUUUCUGUGAACUUCCUCAUUGCAACAACCAUCUUAGUGCCACACUAACUUUAUUUUGUGUUUAGAAAGAAUCGGUAACGAUAGAAUGUUUUGUAUGUUUAAUAAAUAUUCCAUUAGAAACA